AAACCCAGUUAGGAAAAGAGAGGAAAAGUGAAGAGAAAAGAAGAGAAGAGAAGAGAGAAGAAUGAGGAAACCGGAGGCGGGUCUUGGGAAAGAGAAUGUGGAGAAGAACAAGUACCGGAAAGGCCUGUGGUCGCCGGAGGAGGACGAGAAGCUGAUGAGGUAUAUGUUAAGCAAUGGACAGGGGUGUUGGAGUGACAUUGCUAGGAAUGCAGGGCUUCAGAGAUGUGGCAAGAGUUGUCGUCUUCGUUGGAUUAAUUACCUUAGACCCGACCUCAAACGUGGAGCAUUCUCUCCUCAGGAAGAAGAGCUUAUUGUCCAUUUGCAUUCCCUUAUUGGCAACAGGUGGUCUCAAAUUGCAUCCCGUUUGCCUGGACGUACCGACAACGAAAUAAAGAAUUUUUGGAAUUCCACAUUAAAGAAAAGGUUAAAAAACAACCUCUCCUCCACACCAUUCAGCAACCACGAAUCAUCGGAUCCUAGGUUGGACAUGAUGUUUGGAGGGAUAAUGGCGAUGCAAGAACAUGACAUCAUGAGUAUGAACAUGAGCAUGGAUUCAUCAUCGACCUCGUCAUCAUCUUCCCAGCUUCCAUUUUCUGCCACAGGACACAACUCCUUCGACGGUUCAUCCAUCCCUUUCCUAGACAACAACUUCGAAAUGGCAUCCAUGGUUGGUGCCACCAAUGGCUUUCUGCAGGCACCGGGAGGGUGCGCGACAGAAAUGGGAAUGAGAAUGAUAAUGGAAGAGCGACUUAGCUAUGGAAGUUUGGAGGCUCAAAGAUCAAUGGAGCUUGAAAGGGAAGUGCUAUGCCUUCCACAUGAAGAGAUGAACAACAGAAGCAAUUUUGAUGAGUAUUUGGGUACAAAUGAUCAGAAUUUGAAUGUGGAGGAGAUGUUUGGAGACAUGGGAAGCCAUGGACAAGUACAAGAAAGCUUGAAGAUGGGUAAUGAAUGGGAUGUGGAGAGUUUUAUGCAGGAUAUAUCCUCAUUUCCUCAUUUUCUUUGAUCUUCAAUCUCCACCCCCUCACUCUACAAAUCUUCAUUUACUUUAGAAUUUUUUUCAAAAAAAGCUUUUCGAACCCAUUUGUUUAAGGGAGUUUUUGAGAAACCAACCCCUAAAAAUUUUAUAUAUUUCCCCAUAUAUGAUGAUUUCUUAUCUCUCAAUAAAACCCCAUAAAUUUUUUUUUAAAAAAAUUGAAUAAGAAAAUUAGUUUUGUUCUUUGGCUGGCCAUGGUUGAAGCCCUACGAAUGAAAAUGGAAAAGAGGUUUCUUUUGGUUUAGGUGUUGUGUUCUUGGGAGGCUCAAGAAGUUGAUUCCCAAAUUCUGCAGCUGAGAGAGUUAGAGAGAAGGUAGUGCCUUUUGCAUUGCAAAACAAAGCACUUUUGUUGCCCAAACUUGAGAGAAUUUUGAGUAAGUUUGUGUAGCUUCAAAGCAUGGUCUUUUCUUAGUAUCAUUGUUGUUUCAUCAUUUAUAUGUACAAAACCAAAUAUACA